AUGUUACUUUCAGAUAAUGUUGUAAAGGAUAGUAUAGAAAGAGUAUCACAGCAGGGUUUGAAAAGUGGGUUAAAUAAGUUGUUAUUAGAAGUAUUAACAAUAUUGUGUAAAGCAGAAGAUUUAUUAGAAACAGAAGUUAAGAAAAAGUUAAUAGAAAGAUUGGUAGUAAAAAUAUUUAAUAAGGCUAAAGAAAAAGCUGUAAAAAAUAGCAAUUAUAGUGAA